CCCAGGUGGCCACCGCGGGAAGAAGGCGGGGCUCCAGGCCUGUGAGGGGAGGGUCCUGACUUCCCGCGGCGCCGAGGCGGCGGAAUGACGAAGUUGACGCGGGGGGUCGACAUGGGGAGGGGAGGGUGGAGGAAGCAGAGCGUGGCGCGCGGUGCGUAGUGGGUGGCUCCGCCUUGACUGCGAGUUGGUGUAUACGAGGUGACUCGGUGACUCUAUCGGUGGACCGUGGGACAUUCUGAAGGAAAGCAAGGAAGCGGACUGAGCGCUCCCAAGUGGGGAGGAUGCUGGUGGUGGAGGUGGCGAAUGGCCGCUCCCUGGUGUGGGGGGCCGAGGCGGUUCAGGCCCUCCGGGAGCGCCUGGGAGUGGGGGGCCGCACGGUAGGCGCCCUGCCCCGCGGGCCCCGCCAGAACUCACGCUUGGGCCUCCCGCUGCUGUUGAUGCCCGAAGAGGCGCGGCUCCUGGCAGAGAUCGGCGCCGUGACUCUGGUCAGCGCCCCGCGCCCAGACCCUCGGCACCACAGCCUGGCCCUGACAUCCUUCAAGCGCCAGCAAGAGCAGAGCUUCCAGGAGCAGAGCGCCUUGGCAGCUGAGGCACGGGAGACUCGUCGGCAGGAGCUCCUAGAGAAGAUUACGGAGGGCCAGGCUGCCAAGAAGCAGAAGCUGGAACAGGCCUCAGGGGCCAGCGCGAGCCAGGAGGCCGGCGGGGGCCAGGCUGCCAAAGUGAACGACACCAGUGAUCUCCAGGCUUCCGGAGAGCAGGAGGAAGCAGGUUCCUCCUCUUCCCAAGCAGGACCCUCAAAUGGAGUAGCCCCCUUGCCCAGAUCUGCUCUCCUUGUCCAGCUGGCCACUGCCAGGCCUCGACCUGUCAAGGCCAGGCCCCUGGACUGGCGUGUCCAGUCUAAAGACUGGCCCCACGCCGGCCGCCCUGCCCAUGAGCUGCGCUACAGCAUCUACAGAGACCUGUGGGAGCGGGGCUUCUUCCUCAGUGCGGCUGGCAAGUUCGGAGGAGACUUCCUGGUCUAUCCGGGUGACCCACUCCGCUUCCACGCCCACUAUAUCGCUCAAUGCUGGGCCCCCGAGGACCCCAUCCCACUCCAGGACCUGGUUGCUGCUGGGCGCCUUGGAACCAGCGUCAGAAAGACCCUGCUCCUCUGUUCUCCGCAGCCUGAUGGUAAGGUGGUUUACACCUCCCUGCAAUGGGCCAGCCUGCAGUGAACUCCAGAGACCUAGGCGGAUGUGGCUGUGUCUGCGGCAAGAGCCUUUCUAGAUGUUCCCAAGCUUUUCCUGGGAGUCUAGAACAUCCUCCCACCUUUCUCUGCGGUUAGUUUUUGAUUCCAGAUUUUCAAACACUACAUCCUUAUGUUCUUCUUGUCUCAAAGCACUUAUUGGCUGUGUUGUUUUGCAGUUACCUGUUUUCACACUGUGAGCUUCCUGAGAAUGGGAACUGGGUUCGAUUCAUCUGUUUUCUACAGGGUUUAAGUCUCAGGAGGUCUCAAUAAACUUGUUAUCUAAAUGUU